AUGGACGCGGGUCUCCUGGGCCUGACCGGCGUCCCUCAGGGAAGUAAGAGCAUGCGGACAGUCCGGGCCAGGAGCCCGGCCAUGCGGCGGCAGCGGGAGUUCAUGCCGGAAGACAAGAAGGACUCUAUUUACUGGGAGAAGCGGCGGAAGAACAACGAGGCGGCUAAACGCUCCCGGGAGAAACGGCGUCUCAACGACGCAGCCAUGGAGGGCCGGCUGGAGGCCCUGCUGGAGGAGAACGCCCUGCUCAGGGCCGAGCUGCGGGCACUCAAGCUUCGUUUUGGCCUCCUGCCCACUGUUGGGAGCCCCCGGGCCCUGCCCCUGCAAGCCCUGUUGUGGGAGACCCCGUGGACUAGGGACCCCCCACCUCGCUCCCACGAAUGCUUUUUGAGGCCGUGUUCCUUGGACGGGGGAGUUCCAGGAUGUCGGGGCUGCCUGGCAACUCACAGGUGGACAGGUCUGGCCACUUCCCCCAGGCCUCCCCAGGAGCCCACACCGCAGCCCCCCAAGAGAAUUGACCUGGCCCUCCCAGCCACCCUCCUCAGCUAUCACCUCUUGGAUGAGCGAGCAGGGCCCAGGCCGGAGUUCAGGCCCUGCUGGGGACUGUGGACACCUGUGCCCACUGGGUGCCAGGGGUCAGCACCCUCAGAUAUGCUGCUGGCUCCUGCUGCUGACCCCAUGGGGCUGCCCCCUAGUGUGGCCUGCCCUAGUCAGGAGGGUCUGGGUCAGCCCUCUCUGCCCCAUAAACUGCGGGUCAAGUCUCAAGCCUUAGCCAGGGUGCCUCGAGGCUGGGAAGGUAGCCGGGGUCCCCUCUGA